AUUCUUUGGAAAAGUGCGUUUUAUAACUUUCUAAACUUAAAUAAUUAAACUUUUAAUUUUUUUACCUAAACAUUUAAUUUACAAUUUCAAAACUUAAUAAUCUAAAAAUCUCCUUCAAAACUCAACCCAAACACCCCUAAAUCCGCCAUUAAACCCAAUUACAUUGAUCCCCAAACACCCCCUAAGUCCGCCAUUUUACACACCAACUAAAAUAAGCCUUAUAAAGCAACGGUCUCACCAUUUUACACACCAAAACCCAUAAUAAACUCAAAACGACCCUUGAAGUUCAAAUAAUCAUCAUUCCGGCAGCAAUCACUAUUCACUCGUCGGAGUCGACGGUUUCAACUUUCCAGAAUAAUGGAAGUCGAUCACGGGGCACAUAAAGCAGCCAGGUUAGCACUACAAGAUGUUAUUAGUAGCAUGCCGGAUAAGGUGAUAACUAAUAUUCUUGAUCGAUUGCCAUUACAAGAUGCAGUCAGGACUGAUGUCUUGUCGAAAAACUGGAGGUUUAAGUGGACUAUGCUUAGCCAACUCGUAUUUGAUGACAACUUCUUUGAGUAUUUAUCAAAAACAGAAGGCAAAGACAAUCAUUUGAGAAUUAUAAGUAGGUUUCUUCUUCAUCUUAAAGGUGCCAUAACAAAGUUUGUUCUCUACAUAGAAAAGAUGCGUAAAUUCGAUGAUGACGAUAUUAACCACUGGAUUUUGUUCUUGUCCAAAAACGGAAUUGAGGACCUCACUUUUAAGCUGCUGGAUAAAACACCAUUUAAGCUGUCUACCCAUCUUUUCUCUUGUUUACAAUUAAAACAUUUGAAAAUUUAUAAUUGUAUUUUCAAUCCUCCACCCGGUUUUCAUGGUUUUCCAAACCUAUUGAGCUUGGAGUUGUAUCCGAAUGCUGAAAAAAGCAGUGACGUUGGGGACUUCGCUAUUAAGUGUCGCUUGCUUGAGAUUUUGAAACUGCGUUAUAUCUUAAAAGCAGGCAGAGUGAAACUAGUUGAGAUUGCAAAACUUAAAAAUCUUAAAACAUUGGCUUUAUCAUUGUAUGAUCUUGACAAUAAGAUGAUCACAAGUUCCGAUACCAUCUUUGAGCUUCUGGAUUCUCUUCCAAAACUUCAAGAGCUUUAUUUGAAUUUUCAAGUCUGCAAGUUGACAGAAAGUGGUGCCAAAAAGAACUUCUCUACCGCCUUUCCCUGUCUCAAGGCUCUUAAAUUGGCAAUGUAUUUAGACAAUGCUAUUAAGUUAUCGUGUGCUUUUGAAUUGAUUAGGAGCUUCCCAAAUAUGGAGACUCUUGAAAUCACAACAUAUGCAGGUUGGUAUGAUUCGCUGGCACCUCCAAUUUGUUCUCCAGAGGUAGAAUACAACACUAUCGGGUUAUUGCAGCUACAGAGUGUUUUCUUUACGUAUUGUUCAGGUUCGGAAAAUGAAGUAUGCUUGAUAAAGUAUUUACUCGCGUGUUCCCCUUCUCUAAAAAAGAUUGUUAUGCGUCCCCACUCGCAACUUGAGUACGGUAAAAAGUUGACGUUUGCUAUGAAGUUGUUGGAGCUCCAUCGAGCCUCCCCCGUAGCUGAAAUCAAACUCUUCUAGUGUUAGUUUGGGUGUUCUCUUCCUUUCUUGGCUGUGGUCUAGGUGUUUCCCUUUAAGAAUGUUUAUUUGUAGGUGUUCUUUGUUUUAGGCUAGGGUUGGUUUUGCUAAGUAAACUCUAGUUUCUAGCUUGUUGCAAAGAGAAAUCACUAUAAUGGGUUAUUUGACCAAUCGUGUAUAACCAAAUAUCCGUUUGAUCAAUGUUUGUCCGCCACGUUAUUUAAUAAGGCA